UGAAUCAGCUGGGCUCAAUUUAUUUCGCUUGGUUAUUUGUUUGCUCGCAGCACUAUUCCUGCCAAUUAAUUGAGUUAAUCAAGCGAAACAGCGCGCGGAAGAGGAUCUGCCUGCCACCCGAUACGCAUUCAAUUGAGACCAAAUAGCGAUGGACUUCACGACCUUCGUAAAGCCCUCAAAUGGCGGCGGUGGUGAUGCGGAUGACGGUGGCCAGAAGCUGCAGUUCUGGAAGCAUGUGGAGUACAUCGAGAACCAUGGCAAGCAGGAGGACGACUACGAAUACUGCAUGACCGAGUUCCUGCGCAUGUCGGGCAUCUAUUGGGGCACCACCGCCCUGGACAUUAUGGGCCAGCUGGAACGCCUGGAGCGCAAGUCCAUUAUCGAAUUUGUGAAGCGUUGUCAGUGCCCAACCACGGGAGGAUUUGCUCCCUGCGUGGGUCACGAUCCCCACCUGCUGUACACGCUGUCGGCCAUCCAGAUCCUCUGCACCUACGACGCCCUCGAGGAGAUCGAUCGCGAGGCGGUGGUGCGUUUUGUGGUCGGACUGCAGCAGCCCGAUGGUAGCUUCUUCGGCGACAAGUGGGGCGAGGUGGACACCAGGUUCAGCUUCUGUGCGGUGGCCUCCCUCACGCUGCUCGGCCGCAUGGAGCAGACCAUCGACGUGGAGAAGGCGGUCAAGUUCGUGCUCUCGUGCUGCAACCAAACGGACGGCGGAUUCGGUUCCAAGCCGGGCGCCGAGUCGCAUGCGGGACUCAUCUACUGCUGCGUCGGCUUCUUCUCGCUGACGCAACGGCUGCACCUGCUGGACGUGGACAAGCUGGGCUGGUGGCUUUGCGAGCGGCAGCUGCCCUCCGGUGGGCUAAACGGACGGCCCGAGAAGCUGCCGGAUGUGUGCUACUCGUGGUGGGUGCUCGCCUCGCUGACCAUCAUGGGCCGCCUGCACUGGAUCAGCUCGGAGAAGCUGCAGCAGUUCAUACUGUCGUGCCAGGACACGGAGACCGGUGGCUUCUCGGAUCGAACUGGCAACAUGCCCGAUAUAUUCCACACGCUCUUCGGCAUCGGCGGCCUCUCGCUGCUGGGACAUUCCGGCCUGAAGGCCAUCAACCCAACGCUCUGCAUGCCGCAGUACAUCAUCGACCGGCUGGGCAUCAAGCCGCAGCGAUUGCCGCGGCCAUGAGGGGAUUCUUGGAUUCCCCAUGCAGCAGUUGUAGCCAAUGUGUAGCAGCAGACCUCUGACGUAUUCCCACGCUAGCUUCUCUUAGUUUUAUUUGUAAAAAGACCAAAAUUCAACGCAGGAACUCAUUGCUCGACGUCCAUUACUCCUUUUCUUCGUUGCGCAUUUACACAGGAUGUAACACCUCGAUAAGCUAUUCUUAAUAUAGUAACGAGAUUCAGCAAUAAAUAAAUAUUUUACUUUAUCCAGCAAAGCCACAAUUAAAA